AUGGAUAACAGCCAUGCAGGGUUGCCAGAUGACACCUCGGUGAUGGCAGAAAUGGACGACGGUAUUGCGAGCUCUAUAGGUCGUGCACGGCCACGGCGUCAUGAUGAUGACGACGAGGGCUCUGAUAUCCUGGAAGAUGACGACCUGGAGAGCACGGUCGGCGGAAUGGUUUCUGGACACCAGAGGGGCCAUGGAAAUAGGGACGAAGAGAAGGAGCUUCCCGCUCAUGCGUGCGCGUACUGUGGUAUUCAUAACCCCAGCAGUGUGGUGAAGUGCCUGUCUUGCAACAAGUGGUUUUGCAGUGCCCGAGGCAAUACUUCUUCUUCGCACAUCGUCAAUCACCUUGUUCGCGCUCGGCACAAGGAAGUGCAAUUACACCCAGCUUCCUCGCUUGGAGACACCAUCCUCGAAUGUUACAAUUGCGGUACAAAGAACGUUUUCCUGCUCGGUUUCAUUCCCGCCAAGUCUGAUACCGUCGUGGUUCUUCUCUGCCGACAGCCAUGUGCAGCAAUGCCGUCUUCGAAGGAUAUGAACUGGGAUACCUCUCGCUGGCAGCCACUUAUCGAAGAUCGCUCUUUUCUUCCCUGGCUUGUGGCCGCGCCCUCCGAUCAAGAGCAGCUCCGCGCCCGCCAUCUUAGCCCGCAGUUGAUCGCAAAACUGGAGGAGAUGUGGAAGGAGAACUCGCAGGCGACUCUGGAGGAUUUGGAGAAAGCCACAGCCGUGGAUGAUGAACCAGCACCUGUGCUGUUGCGUUAUGACGAUGCUUACCAAUAUCAGAACAUCUUCGGACCCUUGGUCAAAAUUGAGGCCGACUAUGACCGGAAGCUGAAAGAGUCUCAGUCGCAGGAUGGACUGAUCGUUCGAUGGGAUCUCGGUCUGAACAACAAGCAUCUUGCCAGCUUCGUUCUUCCCAAGCUGGAGCUUGGAGAUGUUAAGUUGGCCGUUGGUGAUGAAAUGCGUCUGAAGUACACCGGUGAACUGCGUUCCAAGUGGGAAGGCGUCGGAUAUGUCAUGAAGAUCCCGAACAACCAGUCUGAUGAAGUCACGAUUGAGCUGCGCUCCAAGGGUGAUCACAAGUCGGUGCCUACUGAAUGCACUCACAACUUCACUGCAGACUAUGUCUGGAAGUCUACGUCGUUUGACCGUAUGCAGCUCGCCAUGAAAACCUUUGCCGUUGACGAGAUGAGUGUAUCAGGUUACAUCUUCCACCGUCUUCUUGGCCACGAAGUUGCCGCAGCCCCCAUGAAGACCCAAAUUCCCAAGAAAUUCAGUGUUCCUGGACUGCCCGACCUGAACGGUAGCCAAAUCAAUGCCGUGAAAAGUGUAUUGCAACGGCCAUUGAGUCUAAUCCAGGGUCCUCCAGGAACUGGUAAGACGGUCACUUCGGCUACGAUUAUCUAUCACCUGGCGAAGAUAAACGGAGGCCAGGUCCUGGUCUGUGCUCCCUCCAACGUUGCCGUUGAUCAGCUCUGUGAGCGUAUUCACCGCACGGGCCUGAAGACUGUUCGUGUGACUGCCAAGUCUCGUGAAGACGUCGAGUCGCCCGUCGGCUUCCUCUCUCUACACGAGCAAGUGCGCAUGAACGAUAGCAAUAUCGAACUGGUGAAGCUCAACCAACUGAAGUCGGAGCUUGGUGAAUUAUCUAGCCAGGAUGAGAAGCGCUUGAAGCAACUGACUCGGGCCGCUGAACGCGAAGUCUUGACCAAUGCCGAUGUGAUUUGCUGCACUUGCGUCGGUGCGGGUGAUCCUCGCUUGGCCAAGUUUAAGUUCCGUACUGUCUUGAUCGACGAGUCUACCCAAUCUGCAGAGCCGGAGUGCAUGAUACCCCUGGUCCUUGGCUGUAAGCAGGUCGUUCUAGUCGGUGAUCACCAGCAGCUUGGACCCGUCAUUAUGAACAAGAAGGCCGCCAAGGCCGGUUUGAACCAGUCUCUCUUCGAGCGUCUUGUCAUUCUUGGCUGUUCGCCUAUUCGCCUGAACGUGCAGUAUCGCAUGCAUCCGUGCCUCUCAGGGUUCCCAUCCAACAUGUUCUAUGAAGGAUCGCUCCAGAACGGUAUCACCAUUCAAGACCGUCUUCGCCGCGAUGUUGACUUCCCUUGGCCCAUGAUGGAUGACCCGAUGAUGUUCUGGUCGAACUUGGGUAACGAAGAAAUUUCGGCCUCCGGAACCUCUUAUCUUAAUCGCACUGAGGCUACCAAUGUCGAGAAGAUUGUUACGCGCUUCUUCAAGGCGGGUGUGCAGCCGAAGGGCAUUGGUAUCAUCACCCCAUAUGAGGGACAGCGAAGCUACAUCGUCAGCUCCAUGCAGACCACUGGUACAUUCAAGAAGGAGCACUACAAGGAGAUCGAGGUGGCAUCCGUCGAUGCGUUCCAGGGUCGAGAGAAGGAUUACAUCAUCCUCUCCUGUGUUCGUUCCAAUGAUCACCAGGGUAUUGGUUUCUUGAGCGACCCACGCCGGCUCAACGUCGCCCUUACUCGAGCUCGAUUCGGCCUCGUCAUCCUCGGUAACCCCAAAGUGCUUUCCAAGCAUCCCCUUUGGAACUGCCUGCUGCAGCACUUCAAGGAACGCCACUGUCUCGUAGAGGGACCGUUGUCAAACCUGCAGGAGUCUCUGAUCCAGUUCAGCCGCCCCAAGCAGGCUUACCGUGGUCCUCAGCGCUUCCAAAUGUCCUUCAAUCAAGGCCCCGCUGCUGCUGGUGCUGCUGCUGGCACUAUGAAUGGUCGUAAUGGUCAGCGCAACGAGUACCAGGACACUGGAUCAGUGGUUGGGUACAUUCCAGAUGAUGUCUCCUCAGUGCACUCCUCUGCCGUCGGAGGAGUUGGACUCCCGUCCGGCUAUCCCCCGAUGUUCCAGAACUUUGCAGACCAAUGGCCGUCCCUUUCGGGCGGUCGCCGCGCCAACGGUGGUCGGGCGAAGGGUACUCCGAGUAUUGCUGGAGAGUCCGUCGCCGCUACCGAGUCCGAUGUCACUGGAAGCAUCAUCGAUGGACGGAGUGCUGAUCAAGGUGGUGUCAGCCUUGCUGGUUUGAGCAUCAACGAUAUGAGCAAGCAGCCGAGUCUUAGCCAGUCCGACCGCCUGAAACGCUACGUGGAAUCCGGUGGCCGUGAGCCCUACCGUGGUGGAGUUCCGGACAACGGCAGCAUCUUUGGCGGUAGUUCCGCCAGCAUUCGUGUUACUCGCGGCGUUCCUGGACACAACAACGUCCAUGACGACGACGAUGCCCGCAGUGUUUCGACCGCCUUCGCUAGCCAGGUCGGCGGUAACUACGACUGA